AUGUCAAAUCUUGAAUUUGUUGGACUUGAUAUAUCUGGGAAAAAUUAUCUAUCAUGGGCAUUGGAUGUUGAAAUGCAUCUAAAUGCAAAGGGUCUUGGUGAAACUAUUAAAGAGAAUAAUGAUGCCUCGAUACAAGAUCGGGCAAAGGCGAUGAUUUUCAUACAACAUCACCUUGACCAAGGGUUGAAAGAUGAAUAUCUCACAGUGAAAGAGCCCCUUGAGCUCUGGAAAAUGUUGAAAGAGAGAUAUGAUCAUCAAAGAACAGUAAUUCUCCCAAAGGCCCGAUAUGAUUGGAUUCACUUGCGAUUGCAAGAUUUCAAAACUGUGAGCGAAUAUAAUUCUGCUAUGUUCAAAAAUUUCAAAACUGUGAGCGAAUAUAAUUCUGCUAUGUUCAAAAUCAGCUCUACUCAAUAUAGAGAAAAGGGUUUUUCCAAAUAUUCUCAAUUAAUUUCAUGUUUCCUUGUGGCUGAACAAAACAAUGAGCUGUUGAUGAAAAACCACGAGGCACGACCUACUGGUUCUAUCCCAUUUCCUGAGGCCAAUGGUGUGUCAUAUAACAAUGAAAAUACAAGAGGCCGUGGUCGUGGUCGUGGUCGUGGUCGUGGCCGUGGCCGUGGCCGUGGUCGUGGAUGA